UUUUGGCUCCCGCUCUCGGAGCGGGCGGACGUGGGGGGAGCGGAAAGGGCGGGAGAGCCCGGGAGCCGGGCGGGGGGGGGCGCCGGGGGUGCGGAAAGCCGGGGAGGGGACUCGGCCCGGGGACUCCGUCGGGGGCCGGAGACCUGCGGGACCCGCGGCCCGGGACGCGCGCUGCCCCCAUCCCCUCCCGAGCAGGCGCCCCCAUGGGCCGACCCCGCUGACCCCACCCGGCCAUGCUCCCGCGGCCCCUGCGGCUGCUCUGGGACACGAGCCCCCCCGGGGGAGUCGUGCUGAGCAGCUUCCGGAGCCGAGACCCCGAAGAGGGUGGGGGCCCCGGCGGCCGGGGCGCGGGCGGGGGGCAGGAGGAAGAGGAGGAGGAAGAGGACGAGGCCCCUGUGUCUGUCUGGGAUGAGGAGGAAGAUGAGGCCACGUUCACUGUCACCAGCCGCCAGUACCGGUCUCUGCAGCCCUCGGCCCCCACACCUCCCCCACGCUCCUCCCGAAGGCUCCGGGCUGGCACUCUGGGGGCCCUGGUCAGACACCUGCUCGACCCCCGCACGGCAGGGGCCGACGUGACCUUCACCGAAGCCUUCCUGGCCACCCACCGGGCCUUCGUCUCCACGCCCGCUCUGCUAGGACUCGUGGCUGACAGGCUGGAAGCGCUGGAGUCUGGCUCCGCUGAGGAACUGGAGAGGAGCACGGGGGUAGCCAUCUCUGUACUGUCCACCUGGCUGGCCUCUCACCCUGAGGAUUUUGGCUCUGAGGUCAAGGGUCAGCUUGACCGGCUUGAGAGCUGCUUGCUUCGGACAGGGUAUGCAGCCGGGGAGGGUGCUGGGGGGGGCAGCGCUGACCUCAUCCGCAACCUACGGUCCCGGGUGGACCCCCAGGCCCCCGACCUUCCUAAGCCCCUGGCCCUCCCCGGCGACCCCCCUGCUGACCCCACGGAUGUCCUGGUGUUCCUCGCUGACCACUUGGCCGAGCAGCUGACCCUGCUAGAUGCGGAACUGUUUCUCAGCCUGGUCCCCUCUCAGUGCCUGGGGGCCCUGUGGGGUCACCGAGACCGGCCAGGCCAUUCCCACCUCUGCCCGUCUGUCCGAGCUACUGUCACACAGUUCAACAAGGUGGCCGGGGCAGUGGUCAGCUCUGUCCUGGGCGCCACCUCAACGGGGGAGGGCCCUGGGGAGGUGACCGUGAGGCCCCUUCGUCCCCCGCAGAGGGCCCGGCUCCUGGAGAAAUGGAUCCGAGUGGCCGAGGAGUGCCGUUUGCUCCGGAACUUCUCGUCGGUUUACGCUGUGGUGUCUGCCCUGCAGUCCAGCCCCAUCCACAGGCUUCGGGCCGCCUGGGGGGAAGCAGCCAGGGACAGCCUCCGAGUGUUCUCCAGCCUCUGCCAGAUUUUCUCGGAGGAGGAUAAUUAUUCCCAGAGCCGGGAGCUGCUCCUGCAGGAGGCCAAGUUGCAACCUUCCCUGGAGGCCGCUUCCAAGAAGUCCCCGAGGUCUGGCUUCCGGGGUGGGGGUGUGGUUCCCUACCUCGGGACUUUCUUGAAAGACCUGGUGAUGCUGGAUGCAGCCUCCAAGGAUGAGCUGGAGAAUGGAUACAUCAAUUUUGACAAGCGGAGGAAGGAAUUUGCUGUCCUCUCCGAGCUGCGGCGGCUGCAGAAUGAGUGUCGCGGCUAUGACCUCCGACCUGACCCUGAUAUCCAGCGCUGGCUGCGGGGACUCCGGCCACUGACCGAGGCCCAGAGCCAUCGUGUGUCCUGUGACGUGGAGCCAUCUGGUACCAGUGACCCUGCGGCCCCGCGGGUGCUUCGGCCAGCGCUGGUCAUCUCUCAGUGGACAGAGGUUCUGGGCUCUGUGGGGGGCCCCAGCCCGCUUGUCUCCUGGGACCGGCCCAGUGGCGGAGGAGAUGAGGGCCCUGGAACCCCCGCUCCGCUCCUGACCCGGCUGGCCCAGCACAUGAAGUGGCCUUCAGUGUCGUCCCUGGACUCUGCCCUGGAAACGUCUCCCUCCCUGCAUAGUGCCGCGGACCCCAGCCACCUCUCGCCCCCGGCCACCUCCCCGCGGCCCCCCCGAGGCCAUCGCCGCUCAGCCUCCUGUGGCUCCCCGCUCAGUGGGAGCGCAGAGGGGGCCUCUGGGGGCGCUGGGUACGGGCCCGGGGGCUCGGGGCCAGGGUCCUCUGACUGCCGCAUCAUCCGGGUCCAGAUGGAGCUGGGGGAAGACGGCAGCGUCUACAAGAGCAUCCUGGUUACAAGCCAGGACAAGGCUCCAAGUGUCAUCAGCCGUGUCCUUAAGAAAAACAAUCGUAAUUCCGCAGUGGCUUCAGAGUACGAGCUCGUGCAGCUACUGCCAGGGGAGCGAGAGCUGACCAUCCCUCCCUCGGCCAAUGUCUUCUAUGCUAUGGAUGGCGCGUCACACGACUUUCUCCUGCGGCAGCGGCGAAGGUCCUCUGCGGCCACCCCCGGCACUGCCAGCGGCCCUGCUGCCUCCGGGACCCCCCCGAGUGAGGGGGGCGGCGGGUCCUUCCCCAGGAUCAAGGCCACGGGGAGGAAGCUCGCCCGUGCACUGUUCUGAGGAGGCUCUGUCAAUCCACAGAGCCCUCGGUGGCCUUACUGGAUAUGGGUAGCCGUCCCAAAUGGGGCAGUUACACCGCACUGGAAAGAAACCCAGAGAGGUGGCCAGCCACCCCGGGGCAGUGAAGAGCUACUGGCUUUGCAACCGGAUCCAGCCGUGUGGGAUCCCUGAGUACAGCUCCCCACUUUCCAUCAACGCAGCCCAUGGAGAGUGCUGGGGAAAAGGUUCCUUUCUGGUUCUGGCCCCAUCUUAGCGUGCCAAGAGCCAAAGAAGGGCCUAGAAAUAGGGGGGAGAAGAAAAAGCCUAGGGGCUCUGAGUCCUGGGGAGAGGAAUGGCAAGAAGACGGUUCUAGCAGGAGGCUCUUUUCCUCUUCUGGAGGUCCCGGUCACUGUGACAACACUAAGAUAAUAAACCAAAACACUACCUGAAGCAA